AUGAAGUUUUUAACCUCGAUCGUUUCGUUAAUUCUAUUAACAUCGGCUCACAUCAAUGCCAACAAACAUGAUGCUGAUUUACUUUCUGUUAUUAAUAAAAUGAAGUCAAUCAAUUUAAGGGACUUUAACGAGGUUAUGAAAACAGUUUCAACAGAAGUUCUUAUGUUCAUUUCAUUUUUCGAUUCAGCUUGCGUUACUAAAAAACUCGGUGUUGACAAUGUUGCUCAAAGUUCAAUUUAUGAUAUUCCAAAUUUAAAACAAUUUCAAGAAGCAAGCAAAACAAAUUUAAAAAUCAUCAGUGCGAUUGAAAAUGCUGCAAGAAUUUGUUCAAGGAGCUUCCCGUAUGCUGCAAAUAUUGGAAUUACACAGAAUAUUGAAAUGCGUGAAGGCUCACUUCAGUUUAUUUUUUCUGUAACAAAAGAUAAUCCAAAGAAGGCAACCGAAUGUUUCAAAUGGUCAUUAGCUCAAAGUAAACCAGAAUCACCUCUUUUUAAUGGAUUCGAUGUUAGUUCCAUAACGUUUUCUGAUGAAGAAUGUGCAGCAGCUACUUCAACUGAAGACUUAUCAAAUUUGGCUGAAUACAAAAUAAUCAAGAGUAAUAUCAAAUCAUGCAAUGCAGAAACUUUUGGACAGAUCAAAACAAUAGCUGGAAGUAUUUUUGAAAAAUACUUAUUGUCGACACUCGAAGGAACUCCUGAAUUCAAUGAACUUGAAGCAGACAUUAAUGCAUCAGCUGUUAAUGCUGAAGUCCAACUUUUAGAAGCUCAAAUCAAAUGUUAUUUAGAUGAUUUGGAAAAUGAGUAA